AUGUCAUUAUCACUGCCGUUACUCUCGAAUAUUACUACACCAGAAAUUGCCAACGAAAGCAAACUUACUUAUCCUACCAGCUUACCAAGACGUGGUCGAAAGAAACAAGAACAAACAAAUAUCAACAAUGCAAACAUUAUCUGGAAACCACUUUUACCUAAGCCACCAGACCCGAUUCCCAUGACAAAGAUACGUUUUAUUAAUUCACCCGAGCAACAACAAAUCUCUCCAGCCACACCUGAAACACUUUCAACAUUUACUUCUCAUGAAUCCCUUUGUAGAGUUGAACAAGACACAACAAAAGUGGAUUUAAUGCCAAUGUUGCUACAAGCAGCGACUCACGCUGCCAUUCGCGAUAAACGCCAGGAGCGCAAAGAAUCGCGAAAGAGGAAAAGAGAAGCUACAGAAAGAUUGUUGGCUGAGAAUAAACAGUUAAAGUUGCGUAUUUAUGAAUUGGAAGGUCAGAUUAUGGAUUUGACAAACGAGCGAAUUAUUAUUCUGAAGGAGAAUGAACGUAUGAAGAAAGAAUUGGAGAAGAAGAAUACUUGA